AUGACCUCGGUCCAUAUAGUCUCUCCUGUCGGUCGCCAUCCAUUCCAGGCUGGCGUCAAUCCUUCCGAGUCCAUGGCCGCGUUGAUGCAGUCAAAUAACGAUUCUGUGGCGUUCUCCAAUUCCUUACCUACCCCGUCUCACCCCGUCACCGCGAGUCCCUCGGAUUCGGUCGCCUACCUGAAACACUCCAAACCUGAUUCCUCGUUGACCUCCAUCGCACACGCUGGGUUGAACGUCUCUCGACGCGGUGACUCUCUGCCACCCAUGACCACGCCACCGUCCACCGUGGGCCCGACCGAUCGGCCCUUGGACCAGGAGAAGGAUGCGGAGCGCAACAGUUCGCAGGUCGCUCGUGAGGCCCUAGGCGCCAGCGAGAAGCAGCAACAACACCCGCUGCCACCCCCCACUGACGCCGUCGCCGUCUCCGAUCACAUGCAGGUCGAUUCCCACUCCACCCCCGGGAAUGCGCCCGACGCCUUUGCCGCCGCCGACCAUGCCGCUUCCUCCCUGAUGAACACCUCCACGGUCGCCAGUCCCGGCCCCAUCGAGGACUCCGCCUCGCAGGAUGGCGACCGUCCGCGCCAUCGUGACGAGACCGAGCUGCUGCAGGACACCGGGAACAAGGCCUUCUCCUACCCCAUGCCCACGGGCAAUUUGGCCGACCCGCGUCGCGGCCUGAGUCUGCCUGGCUCCGGCUUCGGCAAGGCCGGCCAACGGUCGCCGUCGGCCAAGAAGCACCGCUGUCCCUACUGCGCCACCGAGUUCACUCGCCAUCACAACCUCAAGAGCCAUCUGCUCACCCACAGCCAGGAGAAACCCUACGUCUGCCAAACCUGCCAGUCGCGUUUCCGCCGCCUCCACGACCUCAAGCGGCACACCAAGCUGCACACGGGCGAGCGUCCGCACAUCUGCCCCAAGUGCGGUCGCCGCUUCGCCCGGGGCGAUGCCCUGGCGCGCCACAACAAGGGCCAGGGCGGCUGUGCCGGCCGUCGGUCCAGCAUGGGGAGCUACGCCCCCGACGAUGAAUACGGCGACCCGACGGGCCCCGGCGGUCCCGACGACUCCAUGGAGGGGCUCGUCUACGCCGAGCCGGAGCGCAUGGACGAGGAGGACGAGCGCCGCCUCAACAUGCCGAGCAUCAAGAAGCACGACCUCCCCGCCCCCAGCGGCGCCAGCUACCCCCCGCCCCGCCAGCCGAGCACCUAUCCGCCCCUGGCCGCGGGGCGACCCUCGCCCGGCGGCUUGUUCCCGCCGCCCACCAGCCACGGCGGCUCGAGCGCGUCGGCCUCGCCCGUCUCGCAGCCCGGCAGCCUCACUUUCCCCCCCGCCGGCCACCAGGCCACGGGACCUCCCUCCGCCUUCCCGCCGGCCGGGGUCGCCGACAGCAGCCCGCGCCCACUGUCCCCCAACGCCCUCGCCUCGCACUCGCCGCCCUACGCCCGAACCGGGUCCAUCUCCCAGGCGCCGCUGCCACCGCCGCCGGGCAUGGCCUCGUCGGCAGAUGCGCGUUUUACACUCCACGCGCCCCCGCCGUCGGCCCCCAAGCCGGGUCCGGACGGCCUUCCCACCAACGGCGGCCAUCGGUCCGGGCCCCCCGAUGGUGGCUACGUCGAUCCUGGCCGGGAACGGGAGGACAGCCUGUGGCGGUACAUCCGGACGGUCCACGACGAGUUGGGCGCGCUGAAAUCGGAGGUCGCGACGCUCCGCGCCCAGCUGGCGUCCCAUUCCGGUCCCACUGACCACAGCAACAGCCUCGCUGCCCCGGCGGUCUCGUCAGCACAACUGGGGGGCCACGAGAACAGUUCGGCCAGUCCGGCGCACCGGUGA